CUCCUCCAUCGCAUUCACAUAUAUCAAAGAACAAACAACGAAUAUCAAUAUUACUUUUGAGUUUUGUAUCUGUUUGUAAGAGAAAAUGGCAGGAAAAAUGUGUAUGAUGGUGAUGGUGAUGGUGGCAUUGAUAAUGAUUGGAUGUCCUCUAAAAGCAUGUAAUGGAAUGGCUUCUCAUGAAACAAUAAAAGAGCAUCUGUGGAAAUUGUGUUACAAAAAUUGCAUGAUCAAAUGCGGUAAAGAUAAUUACCAGUGUCAGGACCACUGUUUUGCCGUUUGUGAUCCCGACCAACGCCCUCCUUCACCACCGUCUCUCAACAAUAAAGGCAAAACAAGGCAAGAUCGCUAUAUGCUCCACAAAUUGUAACACCAAAUGUGGCAAUGACGCAGAUUGUAUGGAACCUUGUUCGAAGACUUGCUCCACUCCUACUACUCUUUUUUAAUUCUCAUCCAAACUACUCACUUCUAUAGUUAUAUCAUGAUAUGAUCUAUGAUUUUCAUACCAAUAUCGAUGUAUUGAGAAUGUUAUAAUUGAUUGAAGACUUAGUUAUGAAUAAAGUUAGACAUGGUUCUUGUGCCUGUCAAAAAUC